AAAUAAGGCGAGACCGCGGCGGGCCCUCCAGACUCAAUCUCUGGCCUUUGGCGGCCCAAAGGAAAGAGGAGGGUGUCCAGCUGUCUCCUGAAGCCGCCCCGCGGGAAGGAGUCUCUCCAAAGGGGAGGGACCGAAGGAGGGAGGGAAGGAGGCAACCUCCGCGCAGGUGACACCGACCGAGCUCGCCUCUUCUGAGCUUCGCCUGCCUUCCUCCCUCUCUCCCUCCCUCCAACAAAGGAAACAACCAAACAAAGCCCGAGGCGUGCAAGGAGGGGAAUAUAUAUGACUGGCUCGGGCUCUGAAGUCCCAAGUUGCCUGGAGAGCGAGCGAGCAAGAGAGAGAGAGGCAGCGGGGCUGACACUACAAGAAAGCAAUACAUAGCUCAUACGAACAGACGGGCGGAGAAAGAGAGAGAGGGAAUACUCUACAAUGCACCUGAAGGACAAAGUGGCGCUGGUGACUGGGGCAGCGCAGGGCAUUGGCAAAGCCUUGGCCCAAGUCUUGCUGGAGAACGGCUGCAAGGUAGCCCUUGUCGAUCAGAAUGGGGAAGUAGGCAAGGCUUGCAAAGAUGCCUUUGACAAACAGUUUGAGGCACAGAGGACUAUUUUUCUUCCUUGUGAUAUUACACAUGAAGACAAACUAAAGGAAACAUUUAAGAAAGCUGUUAACCAUUUUGGACAUCUGGAUAUUUUGGUUAACAAUGCUGGAAUAAAUAAUGAAAGCGACUGGGAGCUCACCAUCCAAACUAAUUUAAUUGCCUUGAUUAGAGGAACGUAUCUUGGUCUACAGUACAUGAAACCAGAAAAUGGAGGCAAUGGAGGAGCUAUUGUUAAUAUUGCAUCACUAGCUGGACUUUUACCAGCUCCACAGCAACCAGUGUAUUCUGCUUCAAAACAUGGUGUAGUUGGAUUUACACGUUCAUUGGCUAUGGCUUCUACAAUAGGAAAUUACGGUGUACGAAUAAAUGCAAUCUGUCCUGGUUAUGUCAACACACCAAUUCUACAAUCAAUUGACAAGGAAGAAAACAUGGGCCAAUUUUCAGCAUAUAAAGAAAAUAUAAGAGAUAUGAUGAAAUUCUAUGGUAUAUUAAACCCAAAUGUGAUUGCCGAAGGGUUGAUACAAAUUCUUGAAGACGAUAAGAUAAAUGGAGAAAUUAUGAAGAUAUCAACAAAGCAAGGGAUCCAUUUCCAGGAAUACACACUGCCAGAACUUCAUGCCAAGAAGCUUGAAUCUAUCUUGUGACUGUUUUGAGAAGAAAUGUCAUUUGCUUCCUUGAGACUCCAUUGGAUUGAAUUGUUAAGCAAUCAGAAAAUCUUGCUUAACAUUAAGAAUUCAUCUGUGUUUUAAACAUUUUGAUAAAUAUCUCAAGUGAAGGAGUAGCUGAAUUGCAAGACUGAUUUUUAAAAUAUUAUUGUAGCUUUAAUAUUGUUGUUACUUAUUUUUAUAUCAGAUAGCAUUUCAAGUGCUGAAAAAUAUUUGAAUACUAUCUAAUUUUAUUUGUGACAAAAUGUAAACUUCACAGAACUCCAAACCUGGUUCCUUAUUGCACUUUCUGUAUUUGACUGAGACUAUUUAAUCUUACCAUGUGUUCAGUAUAGACAUUACUGUUCUAUUUUCAGAGAAUGGAAAUACACUUUUUGAAAUAGCAAGUUACAGCUAUAGUUCCAAUGCCCCAAGCAAUUGUUUACCGUUAUAGUUACACUUUUAGGUAAAGGUAAAGGUUUCCCCUGACGUUAAGUCCAGUCAUGUCUGACUCUGGGGGUUGGUGCUCAUCUCCAUUUCUAAGCCGAAGAGCCGGCGUUGUCCGUAGACACCUCCAAGGUCAUGUGGCCGGCAUGACUGCAUGGAGCGCUUUUAAAUUACCUCAAAAUUGACUUAGUUGCAUUUUAAUAUUAAAAUAAUGAAAUUAUUCAUCUGUGUUUUAAAAAAAGACUUUUCUCCUAGUUGCCUUGUAAAGUCAAUGCUCAUAACCGAGAACAAGGCAGUAGAAUGUGACAUCACUUGAUCUUCAUGAUAUAUCUCCCCCUUUCAUUAAGUUAACCAUCUCUCUGGCUCCUGAAAUAACUUCCGUUUUUUGCAAAAAAAAACGUUUUGCAAAAUCAGUUAAAUUAUCCUUCGUUAAAUUACAAUUGUAAUGGAGAAUAGUCAUACCCAUAUUAUUGGGGAAACAACUAAUUAUGGUUAGCUAGUUAUUUGUAACUAGUUACUUUUACAUAUUGAUUUUUCUUUAUUUGUAAAUAUGUUUUCAUUAGUAAUAUAGGAAACACAUAAACACUUCAGAAUAUUUUUUAGUCUUUUGGUGAUUUGAACAAUUAAAUUGAAGAUGAGAUAUGGGGCAAAAUCAGGUACAUAGGCUUAAGUUUGAACUAAGAGAUGCAAGCAUAUUAACUUUGUGUGGACUGUGGACAAAGUGUAUGUUAAGUUUCCACAUAGAACUAAAAUCGGAAAAUAGUAAAAUGUUUGAGCAUCCCUUAUCUGGAAUUCUAGAAUAUAAAAUACUCCACAAUCCAAAAACGGUCUGCAUAGUGACUGAGGCCCUUUCCACACAGCUGAAUAAAAUCCCACAUUAUCUGCUUUGAACUAGGACAUAUAGCAGUGUGGCUCAGAUAACCCAGUUCAAAGCAGAUAUUGUGGGAUUUUCUGCCUUGAUAUUCUGGGUUAUAUGGCUCUGUGGAAGGGCUCUGAUAUAGCAAUACCUUUGCUUUCUGAUGGCUCAAUAUCUACCAACUUUAUUUCAUGGACAAAAUUAUUAAAAAUACUGUAUAGAAUUACCUCCAGGCUAUGUAUAUAAGAUGUUCAUGAAACAUAAAUGAACUUCGCGUUUAGCUGUAGGUCUAAUCUCCAAGAUAAUAAUUUAUUUUAUUUAUUUACUAUAUUUCUAUCCCACUCUCUCUCACCCCAGAGGGGGCUCAGAGAAGCUUAAAAUUUAGCAAAUUGUAAAUAUAAAUAUAGAUAUAUUGAUAUAUAUACAUAACACAUUAAGCAGUAAAACAGAUAAAAACAUAUAAAUACAAUAAAACCAUUAAAACAGUCUAGUCCCAUAAUCGUCAUUCGUGCUUCUAUAUUUAUGUUGGUUCCGCAUUUCAUGACUCCACAAAUGCCUGGUUCCAUAGCCAGGUCUUAGCUUUUUCCCUAAAGACCAGGAGGGAGGUGGGUGAUCUAAUAUCAUUGGGAAAGAAGUUCCAUAGCCAAUGGGCCACCACUGAGAAGGCCCUGUCUCUCAUCCCCACCAUUCACACUUGCGAAAGGGGUGAGACCGAGAGGAGGGCCUCCUCAGCAGAUCUUAACUCUCUAACCGGUUCAUAGGGAGAGAUAUUUUCGGGAAAGUAAGUUGGGCCAGAGACGUUUAGGGCUUUAUAGGCUAAAGCCAGCACUUUGAAUUGUGCUCGGGAGCAAACUGGCAUCCAGUGGAGCUGACAUAACAGGGGGAUUGUAUGUUCCCUAUAUGCUGCUCCAGUGAGCAAUCUGGCUGCCACCCGUUGGACUACUUGGAGUUUCCGAACAGUUUUCAAAGGAAACUGCAUUUAGAGUGCAUUGCAGUAGUCUAUUCACGAUGUAAUACGCGGUGGCACAAUGGGUUAAUCGCUGAGCUGCUGAACUUGCUGACCAAAGGAUCAGUGGUUCUAAUCUGAGAAGCAGGGUGACCUCCUGCUGUUAGCCCCAGCUUCUGCCAAUCUAGCAGUUCAAAAACAUACAAAUGUGAAUAGAUCAAUAGGUGCCUCUUCGGUGGGAAGGUAACGGCGCUCCAUGUAGUCAUGCCAGCCACAUAACUCUGGAGGUAUCUAUGGGCAAGCAUGGCUCUUCAGCUUAGAAAUUAAGAUGAGCACCACCACCCCCACAACUAGACUUAAUGUUGGAGAGCUUUACCUUUACAUAAUACCUCAUUAUGUAUGUAUACGUAUUCCAAUUUUUUUAAAAAAAUCUUAAAUCCAAAACAUUUCUUUCCAAAGCAUUUCAGAUAAGGGAUAUUCGACCUGUAUCAUGGCAACAUUUUGAUGAAAAACUUUACAGGUAAAUUAAGGAAGGACAUUGUUAGGGAUGGUGACAUAUAAGGGCUCAUCAUGAUCAUUUCUACAGAUACGUGCCUAAGGAGAAUACAAAAAUGCAAAUUGCCUUUUUGAUCCAUAUCACCAAACUAUUUAGCAGUUUACCAUUUUAACGAGAGCUGGUCUUUUGUAAAAUUAAAGGAACGUUCUGUUGCAACCACUGUAGAAUAUUGGAUUUACUCAUAUAACUUUAUAAACAUGUUAUUCAAACCACUA